AUGGGCGACGGUUUAAAGUUAUCUAAAGAUAAGCGUCACAGGAGCUCCAGCAGCCUGGCUGGAGUCGUGUUAGAGGGGACUCGAUCCGAGCGCAAGCUGGACAUGAAUGGUUCGUACAAUAUGGAUGACCAGUUCACCACAGCUGAAGCAAGAUGCGACGACCUUCAGGAGAAAAUUGAAUUAAUCAAAUCUUUAAAAAGAAAACGAAAACUCAAAAAACGAAGCAUGACUCGAGUAUCUGAUCCGCCAAAGACACCAGACAAGCAUAGGAAAAUUGUGCCAGCCUUGCUGAUUACAGAGGUGUCGCAGCAAGCCUCAAGACUGCGUCGGUUGGAGGUGCCUCCCAACCCCACGCGAGGAUACCUGGACCCCGCCACCGUUGAACAGCAUCGGAUGUUGGGCCAAGUUCGAGGGUACAACCAGGCCUUCAGGCAUCCAGGACAGGAGCACGUUGCGGAUUAUCCAGCGAGCUCAGAACAUCGAGCGUAUCCGAAGCUUCGGCGGCAGCGGUCUCAGGCGGAUGGAGAUAGUAUCUGUGGUCAGCGCGGACAGGACGCCAGUGAUGGAGUGCUGGAGGUGGCUUGCGGACAGGACGAGAUCGGCGCGGAGUACGAUGCCUUCGAUGUCUACCAACGACCCUCGGAGAAUUGCAGCCCAGUGAUAAGUACGAAGAAGCCCGUAGAUGCGCGUCCAGGGAAACAGUCGGGCAGUCGGCGGAGGCACGUGCCCAAGGAAGUCAUCCCUAAAGAAGCAGACCAAAUGCCGGUUCAAUGGCGGGGAGCCCCACCGUCACCGCCGGUUCGUCACCGUGUGCCUUCCAACAAAAGCCAUCAUUCCUCAGGGAAGGAAGCUUUUGCGUCAGGAGCCCAUCAAGUGGAGGAGCGUCCCGUGGUGGAACUCUUCAACAAGAGUCGGAACAGCCCCACGGACGUGAGGAGGCAGACCACAGCGCCCCCGCCUCCUGCACCGCCCGUCGAGAGGAAAAAGAAAGUCUUUCCAGUUCGCCUGCCACCCAAACGUGAAACUGACGAGUCCAUGGGGCCUCUAGAGCAGAAUUUGGACCAAAUGGAGAUCAAAAAGGACCACCACCCACGGCGCGUGAAGUACCGGAGCCGACGCUACGAGCUGCCGACUGUCGCGUCCCAGAUGAAGCAAGCCGGCAUGAGGUACUACUACGGUACCUCGAACCAUACCAACAUACCCUUCGUAGUGAGCAAGAGCACCGCGCCCUCACAUAACAUUGGAGUCAAUAUACAGCAGGUUUUAAACGGGCUCAAAAUACAACAGCCGUUGUCUGGCAUACCCCUUACAAUCGCGCAUCAUAUGGGUUUGGGCCACGUACCCUCGUACGGGAUGAAGAGUGCAUCAGUCGAUUCACAGCAACCCUCGCUCGACCACCGCGAGAUAAACGCGAUCCGCCUCGGCCGGCGGUUGCUGCGACUGCCCUCCUACAAGUACAUGUCGUACAACCGUCUUCUCACGUUGUACCGUGAGGGAGACGGCAUGGUCCCACGGUUCCUGAGGGCUAUCUCCCGUCCACACUACUUCUAUACUUCUAUGUACAACAGUCUCGCGACAAAUCGCGAUGACUUCGACGGCGCCACGUCCAAGGGGCGCGGCGGGAGUCACGAGGCCAAACAAAGUCUUGCGGAGUACGCCAACCUUUAUAGGGAGUACGAACAUAUCGACAAAUGUAUUAAAGAAGGGAAUUAUGAACCGGAGCUGGAACAGCGUAGGGAUGAGCUCACCAAGGAGUUGGCGGCACGAGAGGAACAUAUACGCAGGGUGGUACAAGAGUUCAGAGCGUCAGGCGAGGCGGAACAACCCCUCAGGGCGACCGCAUCCACAGCUGAGGAGGGCUACAGGCACUCUGCCUACAAAAUAGGGGAUCCACAACAGUAAUCAGUCUACGGAACCUGCCAAGCACUAGCCCGAUGACGUAUGCGCUGCGAAAACGUCCACGAACACCUUUAACGUGCUCUAGAAUUUACGUCAGUUUCUAUCGAGCUGAUACUACUUAAAAAUGUUCAAAAAUUACAAACUUCUUCUUCUCUCUUCUCAGCUAUUAACCCCACUUGAUAAAGGUUUAGGCCUUUAAAAAAUGUAAUAAAUAAAAUCAAUAAUUCAUGAAUUGCAAGUAAUGAUUACAUCGGUACUUUUAAAUGCGAGUUCGGUUUCUAAAAAUUGUAUUUUUGUAAGUCUGUGGGCGUUUAGAGUCGUCACCAAUAUUUUUGCUGUAUUUAUUUAAUUUAUUGAGCUUAUUUUUUUACAUCUGAAGGUCCUUUGUUCCUUUGUCUAGUGUUGUAGACAAGUACCUUGUAAUCGAUGUCGAUACCUCCUUUUCUAUUGCUUUAAACCGACUCGCAAAUUGCGUAGGUUUAAUCAAAUUGUGGAUGUGCACUUAUGCUAUGUAUGAAGUUCCAUUGCAGUCUUACAGCAAUAAAGUAGCGUUCAGACAUGUUACGAAUGUUCGAUAACUCGCGUUUAGUUGUUCGUAGGUUUCGAUGGACGUUUUGGGGUGCACUUCGUUGUAAACUGUGCGUAAAGCGUGGUUUUGACGGAAUAAAUCUCGGGUAUGGUCCGCCCGGGCCGCGGACUAACGGGGCGGGGGCAGCACUAGCUUCGACUUCUCUUUUAUCGAUACUCGUCUAGGCUUAGCUUGAUAAGGACGCUGAGUUGUCUAGAUCUAGACUUCUCUAGGUUAUUGUGUAUUGUAUUUGCUAUAUUUGAAUGUUUGGAACCGCUAAGAAGCUUGUAGACCGGUCCCAUAUUGUUGUCCAAACUGAUGUUAGCUGGAAUUGAAAGCAUUUUGAUUGUUACGUCGAAUAUAAAUUGUAAAUGUAAUGUAAUCUUUGUUGGCUGAGAAUAGUAAAAGUUUGUGAAUUAUAUCAUAAAUAUAAAGAAGUUUGAAUACGA